AUGAGGCGGCUUAAAAUCAGCUGUUAUCUCUUAGGAAUUUUGUUAAGCUUGAUUUGCGUAGAAUCUGCCGUGCAGCCGUAUCGCAGGGACCCGGGUCACCCGGCGUGGCACCAUGGCGCAUUUCAAGAUGUCAAGGACUCGGUUCGGUCGGAUGUUCGUCAGAUGCUCCAUUCUCGAGCUGAGGUUCCAUUUCAAGUUCCUCUUGAAGUGAAUGUGGUCCUUAUCGGCUUCAAUGGUGAUGGGGGCUAUAGGUACAGAAUAGAUUCUCAUAAAUUGGAGGAAUUUUUGAGAGUUGGCUUCCCAUCUCACAGACCUUCGUGUUUAGAGACUGGCCAACCGCUUGAUAUUGAGCAUCACGUAGUCUUCAAUGCAUUCCCGAUUGGGCAGCCAGAAUUGAUAUCAUUGGAGAAAACACUGAAAACGGCUAUGACUCCAGCUGGCACCGCUAGAGAGGCAGAUUUUGGGAGGGAAGUUCCCCUGUUUGAGGUGGAAGCAACAACAAUGGAACCUGAGUUUGAGAAGCUUUAUUCUUACCUGUUUGACAUAGAAGACAUAGACAAUGAGGGACACCCUGUUGAGGAAAUGGACAGACCUAAGCCAACUGCUAUUUUUAUGGUUAACUUUGAUAAGGUCCGAAUUGAUCCUAGGAACAAGGAGAUUGAUCUUGAUAGUCUAAUGUAUGGGCAAAUAACAAGUUUAAGUGAAGAGGAUAUGAAGCACCAAGAGGGGGAUUAUAUAUAUCGUUACCGGUACAAUGGAGGGGGUGCAUCUCAGGUUUGGCUUGGAUCUGGCAGGUUUGUUGUGAUUGAUCUCUCUGCUGGGCCCUGCACAUAUGGGAAGAUUGAAACUGAAGAAGGCAGUGUGAAUCCUAGAACAUUACCUCGACUGCAAAAUGUGGUGUUUCAUAGAUCAGGGCCAAGUAACGUGGAAUCUGCCCAUGAUAUAUUUGUAGGACAAUUAGCCGCUGUGAUUGCAACCACAGUAGAACAUGUUAUAGCCCCAGAUGUUAGGUAUGAAACUGUCGAUAUGACUACUAGGUUACUUGUACCCAUUAUUGUCCUUCAGAAUCAUAACAGGUACAAUAUCAUGGCUAAGGACCACAAUUACAGUAUAGAUGUUCAAGCCAUUGAGGCUGAGGUUAAGAAAAUGGUUCAUGAAGGGCAGGAAGUCGUGAUAGUCGCAGGUUCACACGCUCUACAUCGCCAUGAAAAGUUAGCCAUUGCUGUCUCGAAAGCAAUGAGGGGCCAUUCCAUUCAAGAAACCAAGAAGGACGGCCGCUUUCAUGUUCAUACCAAGACAUAUUUGGAUGGUGCUAUUCUUAAGGAAGAGAUGGAAAGAUCAGCAGAUGUGCUUGCAGCUGGGCUACUUGAGGUCUCAGACCCUACACUUUCAAGCAGAUUUUUCCUUCGCCAGACAUGGAUGGAUGACAAAGAUGGAACUGGGGAUUCCAUCCUAAAGCAUAAGCCUAUUUGGUCGUCCUAUGGUUCAAAGCGGCAAAAGGAUAAGAAAAGGAGGUUAUCACAACAAAAGAAGAAAGGAGACUUGUAUCGAACUUACGGAACCAGGGUUGUUCCAGUCUUUGUUCUGUCACUAGCGGAUGUAGAUGAACAACUUAUGAUGGAAGAUGAUAGUCUUGUGUGGACGAGUAACGAUGUAGUUAUUGUGCUUCAGCAUCAAAGUGAGAAGAUACCUUUGAAUUAUGUUUCAGAGUUAGAGAGAAGACAUGCCGUACCAUCACAAGCCCAGCGCCAUAUACUGGCCGGGCUGGCUUCUGUUGUGGGUGGUCUGACUGCACCAUAUGAAAAAGCUUCUCACAUUCAUGAGAGGCCUGUGGUGAAUUGGCUCUUGGCAGCCGGUUGUCAUCCGUUUGGACCAUUUUCAAACAUUUCUCGGAUUAGUGAAUUGCUUCGGGAUGUAGCAUUGAGGAAUACAAUAUAUGCCCGUGUUGAUUCAGCUCUCCACCGAAUCCGAGAGACAUCUGAGGCUGUUCAAGCCUUUGCUUCAGAACACCUGAAAACUCCACUGGGAGAACUAGUAAAGGGUAAAAAGAAUAAAUCAACCACUGAGCUUUGGCUUGAGAAGUUCUACAAGAAGAAGACCAACUUGCCAGAACCAUUUCCUCACGAAUUAGUUGAACGAUUGGAGAAGUAUUUGGAUAGCCUUGAGGAGCAGCUAGUAGACCUGUCUUCCUUUUUAUACGAUCAUAGACUCCAAGAUGCCCAAGCAAACAGUUCUGAGAUACUUCAAAGCUCGAUAUUCACUCAGCAAUACGUGGAGCAUGUUUUGAACAGUGAGAGGGAGAAGAUGAAGUGCUGCAGUAUCGAAUACAAAUUCCCGACACACUCUUCGCAGAAUUACAUAUACGCAGGGAUUCUUUUAGCUGGAUUUUUCGUUUAUUUUGCUGUCAUCUUCUUUGCAUCGCCUGUUCGUUGA